GUCCAUCUGGCUCAGGGGCACAAUGUGCCAGACGGCCCCUGCAUGCCAACGUGUGUCGCGGAUCGCAUGUUAGACCAUGAUGGCGCUGCCAAAGGUGCGGGAGCGAAUCCCCGUGGGCGCCAUGGGUUUGCGAGGAUUUUUUUUGUGCGAAGGUGCAGAUACGCGUGUUUUAUAUUUAAACAUUGGGUGGGAGAUCUUUACUCCUGACGGGAGUGGUUUGUCUUCGCUUGCCUUCAUUACUCACAUUACCUCACCUACCUCUUGCUUUUGUCACACUCUUUCACCAUCUUCUUUAGCAUUCCUUGCUUCCAGUCUUUACAAAAGCUACACCAGCUUUCCAUCUACAUCACUCGCUCACUCGCAUUAACCAUAUCCUAUCCUUUGAAUAGCAUUACUGCUUAACACCACUUCAACUGCUGGACGGUUGCUACACUGAAUCCGAUACUUGCGGACAAGAUGGCGGCGUCUAAUGCUUCGACUACGAAGACGCUUCGUCCAGAUAAUAUUGAGAUACCACCACCUUCUUCGAGUGGUACGAACAAGCCAGCAGAGGAAUUCGAAGGACCAAUAUCACCACGGUCAUGGCGACACCGUACUGUUACCUACCAGGUUCCCUCGAGAAGGGUAACCAACGGCAGCUUAGAUGCUGAGGACUACUUUAUCGGUCCUCGUGACAUGUCCAAGCACAGCAAAUGGCCAUACUUCAUGCGAAUGCACGGCUCCGUCUUUCCCAAGAUGAUAUUACCUCUCACAGUAGUAACUCUCUGGUCGACCCUCAUCACAUGCGUCUCUGAAUUCAUCUUUGAACUCAAAGUCAGCACUCUUCUUUUGACUGUUCUUGGUUUCGUUGUUGGUCUUGCUAUUUCUUUCCGAACAAGCACCGCAUACGAGCGUUACACCGAGGGCCGUAAGUACUGGAGUCAGUUGAUCUUUGUUAGCCAAAACUUGGCAAGGACAAUCUGGUACCACACUUCCGAGCGCGAAGGCGAACUCGGAAAGGAAGAUCUUCUCAACAAGCUCUCUGCACUCAACCUUCUCAACGCCUUUGCCUGCUCCGUUAAACACAGGCUCCGCUUUGAACCUGGCAUCGACUACCCCGAUCUCCGCGACCGCAUUGAGUACCUGGACACUUUCGCCCGCGCUGCUGAGCUUGAUAUCCCCAAGCCAGGAGACAAGAAGAAGAUCAAGGCUGUCGGUGAAUACCUCGGCGUCACAUUCGCCGAGUCGAACCCCCGCAAGAGGAUCAAGCGCUCCAAGAAGCCUCUCGGUAACCUGUCUCUCGAGAUCCUGAACCAUCUCUCUUGCUACGUCCACAGCAUCAUCGACAACGAAACGCUCAAGGUUGGUCUCUACCAGAACCAAGCCAUUACCGGUGUUGUUCAGCUCAACGAGGCCCUCACCGGCAUGGACCGUGUUCUUCAAACUCCUCUGCCCAUUGCCUACUCCAUCGCCAUCUCGCAAAUUACCUGGGUCUACGUUAUGAUGUUGCCUUUCCAACUAUGGGAUGACCUCCGCUGGAUCACCAUCCCCGGUUGCAUCUUCGCCGCCUACAUCAUCAUCGGUCUCUCAGCCAUCGGUCGCGAAAUCGAAAACCCCUUUGGUCACGACGUUAACGAUCUUCCCCUGGAAGCCUACUGCGAAGAACUCGAAAUGGACAUUGACACCAUCACCGCGCAACCACCUCCCGUCGCCGCCGAAUUCAUGCGCCGCCCAGGCAACAUGCCCAUCUGGCCGCUCAGCCAGAAGAACUUCGAGUCAUGGGCUGGAAGGAGCAAGCAGGAUAUCCGCGAUGCGCUGAUGACAAAGACAAAGGCGGAUAUGGCGGUCCGCAAGAGCUUUGCUGUCGCGAGGGAGAGUGAGAGCGAGGAGAAGGAACAUCAUGGGUUGCAGCAGCAGCAUGAUGCGUAGUAGGAAAAGAAGUGGGGAUGUGCAUUCGCAUUUUAGAAGCGUUGGGCGCUGGUCAGGUGUUUAUGGGUGUGUUCUUUUAUCUUCCACCCUGGUUGUGCUUUCGAAUUUACAAAAAGGGUUUCUUGCCCCGCAUAGCGAGGGUUUUAUAAGUGGCAAUACUAGCCUUUA